CAAAACGGAAAAAUUAAAUAUAACCACCCGAAGUCUCAAAAACGAAACUGAGCUUCAUCGCAGAGGAUUGACGGAAACAAACGAAGAGAAGCCAUGAUCAGCAUCCUAGCUCAGGAGCGCCUGCUCGGCGCCGCCCUGGGUACCCUGUUCACGUCCGCCGCUGUUUUCGAGCAACGCAGAAACAUCUACAAAUCAAUCUCAGACAACCAAUCUCAGUCUCAGGUGAGAGAGCCCAUUUUUGAAAAGAGAUCCCAUUUGGACUUUGGACACUUGUGGAACAAAGCUGUGGAUCAAACAUUGGGGCCUGUAAUUGAGUCUCUCAGUUCUCGUCGGUGGUAGAAAUGUUGUGUAAUAAAACUCUGAAACAUGUAUGUGUUGAUUUCCAUUUUUAUGUGUUGAGAGUGCAAUGUCUUGCAUUGAAAUAAGGUUGGUGGUUCUUUUAAACGAUUGGAGUGAAGGUCCAUGAUACAAUUCUUGUAUUUCUAAUGCAUUGUGAAAGGAAACUUUUAACUCUCUUCCCCAAA